GCGCUUGGCUCUAUCGGGAAAGAAAGCAACGGCGGACCUUCGGCAGGUUUAGAGCGGCGGCUGCAAUCUCUCGCUCUGCGACCCCCAUCGUCCUCUCCGAGCAGCAGGAGAGGCGUGACAAGACAGUGGCGAGGCUACCACAGUGUCUCUAACGCACUAACGCCGUUUACAGGCAGCGCAAGCCGCAGCCAAAGGACGUGCCAUGAGCCAGCCCGUUAACGGCGGUCAGGCGGCCGAGGAGGCCGAGCUGGAGCGGCUAUUCGGUCACAUGGAGGAUCUUCGUGUCUCGGAGGCAGCACUGGCAUCCGUCAGCGCCUCAGAGGACGAAGAGGAUGAAGAAGAAGACUCCAGCGCUCUAGAUGAUAGUGACGACGAUGACGACGAGGAUAACGACGUAGACGGCAGCGACGAAGAGGAAACAAGCUGGAUUGCCUGGUUCUGCUCUUUGAGGGAGAAUAGCUUCCUGUGCGAGGUGGACGAGGACUACAUCGAGGACGACUUCAACCUCACGGGGCUCAGCAGCAUUGUGCCCUACUACGACUACGCGCUAGACAUCAUCCUGGACAUUGAGACGCCCAACGACAGCACCCUCACGCAGAUCCAACAGGAGAUGAUUGAGUCAGCAGCCGAAAUGCUCUACGGACUCAUCCACGCGCGCUACAUUUUGACCACUAAGGGAAUGGCCGCCAUGUUAGACAAGUACCAGAACGUAGAUUUUGGUCGCUGCCAUCGCGUCUACUGCCAGGGACAACCAGUGCUGCCCGUGGGCCAGUCAGACGUUCCCAGACACACGACCGUCAAUGUAUUUUGUCCUAAAUGCCGUGAUAUCUUCUUCCCCAAGUCGCAGCGAGCGGGCCAGAUCGAUGGCGCGUACUUUGGCGCGACAUUCCCGCAUGUGUUCCUUAUGACUCAUUCCCACCUGGUAGUGCCGCCGCCUACACAGACGUAUGUGCCUCGCGUGUUCGGCUACAAGAUCCACAGCUCCAGCGAGUACUACACCGGCAAGAAGAAGAGUUCGUCAGGUCGAGAGCGAGAAAAGAACCGGAAAAUCAAGACUUUGAUUGACCGCUUGAAGGGUCGACCAAGUGACGAACAGCAGGCUAGGUGAACAACUCACGAUCGAGGUGGAGAAAGAUAUAUAGUGUCGAGGGAGGCAAAAGUCU